AUGAAAAUGCUACUUUCUCAAUUAUCCAGACGACAGAAAAUUUUAUUAUUUGUUCUUGUCAUCAGUGUAGCUUGUGCGGCGAUUGUUGGAAUCGCAUUAUUCGUAUAUUUCUCAAAGAGACAUUCUUCUGUAAAACUGUGCAUCAAUGAUAACUGUUCAACUGCUAAUACCACUGGUAGUAUCGAUAUAAUCUGUGAUAGUUUUGAGCAACACUCUUGUGACAAACACUCCCAAAAUGAUUAUCCGGAUAAUCUGCCAGUUAAAACAGAUGAUAUCAUCAUGAAGAUGUUUGAAAGUACAGAAUUUAAAAAUUUAUCGAGUAUUAAUGCAGCUAAAACUUUCUACAACACUUGCACGAUUGACUAUUCGAAGGAAAAAUCGUUCAUUCAGUCUAAAGUUCGUGAAAUGGCAGAAGAACUAUUCAACGGAUGGGCAAUUUCAUUAGAUAAUAACCGGGCAGCCUUUUUCUGGAACCAGAUUCUUGCAACUGAAAUGUUUAAUCUGACUGCUUUCAUUUUGCCACUGAUAUUUCAAAGUGGUAGAACAACUUUCUUUUCCAUCAAUCUAACUGAAGGUUAUUCACAAGGAGACGAUCGAUUAAUUCAUAUUUACUCAGGAUCGCUCGACGCAUUUGACAAGGAGAAGUUAAACAUGUCAGAUCGAUCGGACAGCGAAGUCAAAGAACAAAUUUUCAAAUAUCUACAAAAAGUAGGUGCUCGUGAAGAUAAUAAAAGAUUGAUGGAGGAAGUCUUCGAAUUGUAUUCAAAAAUUAAAAUCAUACAGGAUGAAACCACGGUUGGUGAAGCAACGCCUGUCAGGAUUGAAGAACUGGAAGAUUUCUGUUCGAUAAUCAAAUGGAAGGUUUUAUUCGAAAAUGUAUACAUGAAUGAAUCGUAUAACAAAUCACAAGUUAUUGUCCAACAUAAAGCAGCAUUGCGGAAGACUUGCGAAACUCUCAGAUCAGAAAUGGAAAAUAUGCGUAGAAAAAG